AUGUUGCUUCUCAUUCUUCUUCCUACUAUCACCGUAUUUGCUCACUUUCCGCCUAACUGCAGCCUCGUCGUACAGGAAAACUUGGCUAGGGGACACCUCAUUGCUCUGCCCUACACCAGUAACAUUUUUGACAGUAUCGAUCAGUUCACACUUCAGAUAACUAACUCGAACCCAUAUUUUGGAGUCUUGUCAGGGUCCACUGGGAUACGGGUGCCUACGUUAACACAGCACCGUCAAAAUCCCUGGCGAGUCUGGUACCCUAAGGAUCCGUCUCCACUGUCCACUCAGUGGUGUUUGGUAACUCUCCAACGGAUAGACAGGGAGCGCCUUUGCCAGACAGAGCCGGGUUGCGACUGUCAAUUAGGCGACAGUCAUCCUAAUCGCCUGGGAGGUGGUCCCGAUUGUGCUAUCCCUCUUCGUUUGGUAGCUAUUCCCACCAAAAAGGAGAGACUUCCGUCCGUGAUUGACUUGACCAUUUGUAUAGCCGAUGAGAAUGACAACCCUCCGACUUUUCAAACAUCCUCCUCGUCCCAUUUCGGAGCCUCGUCGACUAUGAGUGUUCAUUUUAAAGAAGACGCACAAAUAGGUGAACUGGUCACCCUACCAGCAGGUUCAGAUGCCGAUGCCUACCCAGAACACACUGUAAGCUCAUACGACCUAAAUUGUCCAGGCUCCGAUGCCCUUUUCAGUCUUGUCUACGACACACACACACCAGACCGUCUAGAUCUACGCGUGGACAAAAUUCUCAAAUUCGAUAGUCAAUGGCCCCUUCUUUGUACUGUAACAGCAUUUGAUGGACAGCACAGUGGCAGCAUGCAGCUCAAGAUUCAUCUUGAUGACGUGAAUAACCACAAACCCGUUUGGAAAAAACCCAACAUCCUCAAUUCCGCUAUCACGAUAGUAAACGAAACUUCGGACGAGUGGGUUAUUGACAUGCCAGAAUCAGUUCUUCCAUUCACCGUUCUGCUUCAACUUAAGGCUAGUGAUGAUGACCCGGUGUACGGAAAAUUAACUUUCUCAGCGGAAGGCGAGAAAAAAGGCCCCCUUUUGUUUGAUGUAGACUCGAGAACUGGGGAAGUUCGCUUAGUCAGCAAACAGGAUUAUAAGACGGUCAUCAACAAGGAACUAAACCUACGCGUUGCGGUUACAGACAACGGAGGACUGUCUACGUUGGGAAGACUUAGGUUUCAACUUAGAGAUGUCAACGAUAACCGACCAGUGAUUCGUUUUUCUGGUGGAGAUAAGCAAGCGGAGGUUGUCGAGAACAGCCAGUCGGAUGUCUACAUUGACUAUGUGACAGUGAGCGAUACAGAUUCAGGUGCAUUUGGACAGGUUGAGUGUCGACUGAAGCCUGGCACACUUUCCGACCACUUUCAGCUGACUAAGAUCGGUGAAGACCUCUGGGCCUUUCAAGCUGUCAAACCGAUCGAUCGGGAGUUGUUGGCUGCCCCGACGGCUACACGAAGCAGUAGGUUUUACGCUCGUGGCACACGUGUGGGAAUUACUGUAGUCUGCAAUGACAAUCCAGGUGCUCUAAAGGAUUACCAACUUUCCACAGAAGCAACAAUCCAGGUGACCAUUUUAGACCAAAAUGACAACCCACCGAAGUUUGUCGGGAUUGGAGGUGACGAUCCCUCUGUUAUUGAAGUCGCCAUACUGGAGGGGCUUCCGCCGGGAACUCCUGUAAUUCGUAUUACUGCUGAUGAUCCCGAUAUUGGCGACACACUUACCUACGCUCUCCUUCCUACAGCCAAUAAAAAGUUUUCAAUUGAUCCAGUAUCAGGUUUAAUCAUAACACAGUGCGUUUUCGACCGUGAGGAAGAAGCCAUUUUGACGGGAUUUAAGGUUGUUGUGUUCGAUGGCGGUCAUGCCAACCACACAAUCUCCGCCGACCUAAGGGUUACCAUAUUGGAUCAGAAUGACAACAAUCCUGUUUUCCAUUCACAGACUGUCAUCAUUGCGCCGGAAGACAAACCGGUCGAUAGUCUUUUGCACACGAUCAAUGCGACGGAUGCAGACGCUGGGGAAAACGGGACGGUGGUACUCUUUUUUGCUCAGCACCAGCAGAUCCCUGAACCGUUUACUCUCUAUCCAGAUGGUCGACUUUUUCUUACUCGCCCUUUAGACAGAGAGCGACAGGAACAUUAUGAGUUAAUUAUAAUUGCUGCUGAUAAAGGCACCCCAUCUCUCAGUUCCACGAUGACCCUCGUUGUACAAGUAGAAGACAUUAAUGACUCCCCUCCCCGAUUCGAACUGGCUGUGAGGAGUUUUCUGAAGACUGUUCCAUGUACACAAACUUAUGCUGCAUUGGAAUUGGCAGCUACAGACGCCGACAGCCUACCUGAAAACACAGUAAUCAACUACCGAAUUUUGGAUGUAAAGGGACCAUUUGGGGACACGAGUGGACGACGACUGGACUUAAAUAGGGAGAAUUCAUUGUUUUAUAUUCAACCGGAUAGUGGUGCUUUGUUUCUUCACGGGCAGCAUGGCAAGAAUCUACCUGAGUUUGAUCCCUGUGAUUACAUCGGUGUGUAUCGACUAAAUAUAAUGGCCUUUGAUCCGAGCAAGCCGCUGUUGAACAGCAAUACAACAGUCACAUUGCACAUAACGCGACCCCCAACUAUGGAGGAGGCGCCUCCAGUUAAAUCGCUCCUCUCCGAGUCUGGAAAUACCUUAAUUAAUAGUGCAAACUACUCCCAACAUGCCUUGGAACCUCCCUCAAAUCGAUACGCCCACCUGGACGACAGGGAGAGCUUUGGUACCGGCGAGGACGGGCAGUCUCGCUCGAGUCGCAUGACGUUUCUGGGAAUACUAUUACUCAUUACUGUAUUCAUUGGACUCACAUUACUCUUGAUACUUAUCAUCUACUUCAUUAAGAAGAGAAUAUCUGCCGAUGAAAGUCUAAGCGUUGAUCCUCAAGCGCUUUCUUCGACCCAGUACCUCCCUGGCAUGACCUUGAAAAAGGAUGAAUUUUUGUCAGAUGCAUACUCCCCUACACCUGUUUACGGUACCGCCAGAAACGCUCGAUGCACGGAGCCCAUUGAAUUUCUCGUCUCUAGGAUACCUUAUAGUCCAUUCCAGUUCAAGCCGCGCAGCCACGUUAUCGGUAACAUGAACCCUAUCAGUGAUAAAGUGAAACUAUAUUAG